CCCGCGGCGCUGAAGGAGCGCGGGGCCGCCUGGCCCGCCGCGGGGCCGGACUGAGUGCGCAGCCUGCGGGCCGAAGGUGUAUGUGGCUGCCAAAAGGGGAGGCUCCCCUGAAGACACACUGACAGGCGCCUUGUGUCCUCUGUACCCUGGCUGCCUAGGGCUGACCUUAUGUGGCCCACCUCAUUGGUCCUGCUGUGCCGACUGGAGCACCAUCAGGAGGGUGCAGGCAGGGCCCGGCCAUGACUGCUCCUUGACCCCAGCCAGGCUCCUGAGGCCUAGAAAGAGCAGAAACUCCAAGGGGCUCUCAGGGCCCGCUGUGGACUGGCCCUGCCCUCCCUCUCCCUUGGCAAGGUACCAGGAAGCUAGAGCUUUGUUAUCUGGGUAAUUAGCUUCAGACCCUGGACUGAGUCCGGCCAGGUCUUAGGGCUACGUCCCACAAUAGGUGUACCCUGAUCUCAAAAGGGAAGUGAGGUGCUGCCUGUCUAGAGCCCCUGCUAUCUGAGCAACCAAGGGGCCAGGCCUGCGUGGGACCAGCUGUGGCAUCCUUACACGCCCUUCCUGCUUGGGCUGUGCCCCUCAGGGCUGCCUGGGCCUGAUCACAGCCUCGCCAGGGGCCAAGGGCACAAGCCUCAGGAAGGGAAUGCCCUCAAAGGUGUCAGUCCAGCCAGCCGCUCUGCCACUCAAGCCUGGUCUGACCCCCAUCCCCUGCACUGCGGUACCCCAAGCAGCCCUGUGGGUAGACACCCCCGACCAUGGCUGAGCACCUGGAACUACUGGCAGAGAUGCCCAUGGUGGGCAAGAUGAGCACCCAGGAGCGGCUGAAGCAUGCCCAGAAGCGGCGUGCCCAGCAGGUGAAGAUCUGGGCCCAGGCUGAGAAGGAGGCCCAGGCCAAAAAAGGCAAGUGGAAGCAGCUGCAGAAGGAGGCAGCUGGCCGAGGGCCCCCGAAGCAAGUUGUCUUCCCUCCCAGCAUUGUCCUUCUGGAAGCUGCUGCCCGAAAUGACCUGGAAGAAGUCCGCCAGCUCCUCAGGAGUGGAGUCAGCCCCGACCUGGCCAAUGAGGAUGGGCUGACAGCACUGCACCAGUGCUGCAUUGAUGAUUUCCGAGAGAUGGUGCAACAGCUCCUGGAGGCUGGGGCUGACGUCAAUGCCCGUGACAGCGAGUGCUGGACCCCCCUGCAUGCUGCAGCCACCUGUGGCCACCUGCACCUGGUGGAGCUUCUCAUUGCCCGGGGUGCUGACCUCCUGGCAGUCAACACUGAUGGGAACAUGCCUUAUGACCUGUGUGAGGAUGAGCAGACACUGGACUGCCUGGAGACUGCCAUGGCCAGCAGGGGCAUCACCCAGGACAGCAUUGAGGAGGCGCGGGCCGUGCCGGAGCUGCUCAUGCUGAAGGACCUCCAGAGCCUUCUGCAUGUUGGGGCCGACCUCAAUGCCCCGCUGGACCAUGGAGCCACACUGCUGCACAUGGCCGCCGCCAGUGGGUUCAGCGAGGCAGCUGCCCUGCUGCUGGAGCAUGGAGCCAGCCUGAGUGCCAAGGACCUCGACGGCUGGGAGCCGCUGCACGCUGCCGCCUACUGGGGACAGGUGCACCUGGCGGAGCUGCUUGUGGCAAACGGGGCCGACCUGAAUGGGAGAUCCCUGACGGAUGAGACACCCCUUGAUGUCUGUGGUGAUGAGGAGGUGCGGGCCAGGCUGCUGGAGCUGAAGCAGAAGCAGGAUGCACUCUUGCGAGCCCAGGGCCGUCAGCGCUCCCUGCUGCGCCGCCGCGCCUCCAGCGCAGGCAGCCGCGGGAAAGUGGUGAGGCGAGUCAGCCUGACCCAGCGCACCGACCUGUACCGCCAGGAGCAUGCCCAGGAGGCCAUCGUGUGGCAGCAGCCACCACCCCCAAGUCCAGAGCCGCUGGAGGAGGACGAGGACCACCAGACAGACGCAGAGCUCUGGCUGCCACCCCCAGAGGAAGAUGACCCUGAGGCGGCCAGGUCCCACAAUGGCCGAGUAGGGGGCCCCCCAGGGCGGCACCUGUACUCCAAGCGGCUGGACCGGAGUGUGUCGUACCAGCUGAGCCCUGUGGAGAGUACCACCCCAGACACCCUUGUCCGGGACAAGGCCCACCACACCUUGGCCGAACUCAAACGCCAGCGGGCUGCUGCCAAGCUCCUGCGACCACAGCCUGAGGGGCCUGAGGCCCCUGAGUCUGGCCUGUCUGCUGACCCCGUGUCCUCCCAGCCGGACUGCGGCUUCGGGGCAGGCGGGGACCCACCCCUGCUCAAGCUCACAGCCCCAUCCGAGGAGGCCCCGAUGGAGAAGAGGCCAUGCUGCUUGCUCAUGUGAGGGGCUGUACCCAUUUCCAGGCCAGCCCGAGGCUUGCCCUGGAGGCCCACUCAGGGUGUGCCCUGGAACUGCAGGUGGGCAGACACCAGAGUCUUCCCCAGCUUCUACCCCUCAGGACAGUGGACUCUCUGUGGGGAUGGACUUUAGGCAGAGCCGUAUCUGCAGGCAUCUGCUGCAGAGUGUUUGUCCUGUGACGCUUGAUAAAGGGGUGUUUCUCCUCAA